CUCAAACAAAACUCAACCUCUGUCCCUGUCGUCAAGUGAAGUGUCAAUUCACUACUACUCCACUACUGUCAAGUUAAGUUGUAACUUGACUUGUGAAUGUGAGGAAUAUAGCUUGAUUAUUAGUUUUAAUAAUUAAACCUAAAUUGAUAGAAAUGGCAAAGAAAUUAACUGGUGACUCUGUUCUUACAGCGCCACCAAAUAUGAAGAUGCCUCUUGUCGGCCUUGGAACUUGGCAGGCAGGGGAAGAUGUGAUAGAAGCUGCCCUCAAUGCCGCUCUAGAAGCAGGCUAUAGGCACAUUGACACUGCCUUUGUCUACAUGAAUGAAGCCGCCAUUGGGAGAGCUUUAAAAAAGUGGUUUGAUAGUGGGAAACUAAAACGUGAAGAACUAUUCAUCGUCACAAAGCUACCAAACAUAGCAAUGAACGAAAAAUAUGUGGAAAAGUACCUGAGCCAAUCGUUGUCUGAUUUGCAACUGACCUAUGUGGAUCUGUACCUGAUCCAUCAUCCCGUCGGACUGGUGCAUGGAGAGGGUCCUCUGCCUCGGGAUGAUAAGGGCAACAUCCUUGUAGAUAUGUCUACUGACCAUGCUGCUAUUUGGAAGGCAAUGGAGGCCCAAGUCGAUGCUGGACGGACAAAGGCUAUUGGAGUUUCUAACUUCAACAGCGACCAGAUUGACCGCAUUUUAAAGACAGCUCGGAUACCUCCGGCCAACAAUCAGGUGGAGCUGUACUUGUAUUGUCAACAGAAGCCUCUGCUGGAGUGGAGUAGACGUACUGGAGUAACUAUUUGUGCUUACGCUCCACUAGGAUCCCCCUCCAUGAGUCAGUUUGUCAAGGCCGUCUGUGGCUCUGAUGAAGGGAUCAAAGAACUAAACCCUCUCGUCGACCCUGUGGUGGUUCGAAUAGCUGAGGCUCACAACAAGACUGAAGCACAAGUGUUGCUAAGGCAUCUACUGCAGCUUGGAGUAGCCGUCAUACCAAAGAGCAGCAAUCCUUUAAGGAUCACCCAAAACUAUCAGGUUUUUGAUUUUGAACUAACUGAAGCAGAGAUGGCUCAACUCAACGCUCUAGACAAAGGAGAAGAAGGCAGGCGGUUUAUCGGUGGAAUUUUUAAAGGGAUUGAAGUUCACCCUGAAUAUCCAUUCAAGUAAUCCCACUCAUUGUAUCUGGAGAAGAUUACUUUCCACACAGCACUAUUACAUCACAUCAUAGUAGGCCUAUUAUAGACCUGAUCAAGUAAUCACUUUAUAAAAAAAACAACAAAAAAACAGAACACUACUGAAAUACCAGGAGAAUAGUAGGCCUACCCAACAAAUUUAAUAUUUACAAAAAUUAAAAUGUGGACUUAAAAAAUGUUAUCCAUAUAAUAGCAUCAAUGCUAAAAUGAUUAUAAGUAAUGCUAGUGGGGCAAAACUAACAGUGUCUUAGUGAAAUAUUAGAACUAAAAUUCUCCAAUUUGGCCUGACAAUGCCUGGUGUGACCAAUUAAAAAAAUUCCCUAUGGGAACAUCAUUUGCCUUUUCGUACAAGUUUACAGUAAGUGUUAUAUCAAAGAGGGUUAAAGGUCUAUUUUAUUAUACCCAUUUUACUAUUAAUUUUGCAAAGUAACACACACUGGUAAGUAUAUAUUUUGAUGUACAAAGUAUUAAGUCCGUCCACGUUAAAUCAUCAAUAACUUGUCAUUUAUGGAUUAGACAUGGAACAUUUUUACAGGGUUAUUUGGGUCAAGCAAUACUGUUUUCAAUAUAAAUAUAUUUUUAAGUUUUCAAAAAUAUUGCUGUUGAAUUUGAAAGUUUUAUUUGAAAUUGUUUUCUUCUUUAAAUGUUUAUAUACUAUUAGUGAUGUAAAAUACCCGGGUAUUUAAAACUCGGGGUAAAUACCCUGGGUAUUUACCCGGGUAAAUACCCAAAAUCCAUAAAUACCCGGGUAUUUUGGGUAUUUAUGAAAUCGAUUGAAAUUCAUUUAUAUUUACCCCUAAAUAUGUUAUUGUUAUUAUUACAUGAUAAAUUAGGAUAGUCUAUAACACCUCUCACAGUAACUUGAAGCUCUGCUAGUACCUUUUAUUUAAUUAUUCAGCACUUUUUAAAAAUAAUACAUAAAGUUUCUAAAUAAGCAUUUAGUUUUGUGUCUUAAAUCGAGUAACAUCAGUUAAAUUUUUAAAAACUUGCUAAAAGAUAGUAUAUUAAAAAAGGCUGUGACUAUUUCAAUUGUUAUAAUUUUAUAAAUUUAUAACCAAUUAAAUAACAUAAACAAAAUUAUUUUAAUUUAUAAAUAUCCAGGAAUUGUUGGGUACCGUACCUAUUUAUGAUGCAAUAAAAACAGUUGAACUUGCCAUGAAUAGUUUUAUUAACAAUAAAUUAUUGCGUACUUAUAACAUUUUAGAAUAAUCCGAAUUCCUAAGGCCUGAUUGACAUAGGCAGAAUACUAAAAGUAAUUAUAAUUAAACUUUUCUGUGUUACCGCUUGGUUGUAAACAAUAAUAUAUUUGGAUAAACCUACUAAAAAAUGUAUCUCCUGUGUUUUGGCCUAACUUAAUAUAAUUUUGAAAGAUUUAUUGUGCUACAGAUUCAAAUGUUUUGUAUCACAAGUUUAUGAAAUUAGUUUUUUUUUAUUUUGAUACCAUUGAUAUUAACUAAAGAUCUAGAACAAAAAUAUUAUUAAAUCCUGCCAUACUACUGAUUGAAUUUUAAUUAUUUUCUUCUUAAAAGUUGUUAACACAUAGGCCACUACUUGGUUAAAUUUUCCUGUCUUUCUAAAUAAUAACUAUUACUUUACAAAUUAUUUUUCUUCGCUUUCAAUAAAAUAAGUUAAUCUCUCUAUCAUAGAAAUUAAAAAAUCAUAAGUAGUCAGGACCAGUGCAACCAUGUGACCAUGGUAUUUAUGCCGAUUAUGCUUUAUGCUGGGACCUGGGUAUUUAUGGCGAUUAUACCCAUAAGUAAAAUGCUAGUAGUGACCAUAUGAAAUGUUGUUUAACACAUUUUAUUAUCAUUUUACUAUCCUUACAGGGUAAUAAUUGCAAAAAAACAUCUCAUUCUUUUCUAACUUUAAUACAAAUUAUAAAUACCCAGUUUUUGGGUAUUUACCCAGGCCUGGGGUAAAUACCCGGGUAAAUACCCAAUUUAUAUUUACCUACCCACUGGGUAUUUACCCGGCCCACAUCACUAUAUACUAUUGUUGACUAUUGUCCUGUUCAUGCAUUCAGAUAUAAUAAGUGGAAUGAAUGAUAUGUUCAUAAUAAGUAUGUUGUUGUUAUUAAUUUUCAAAGUGCUCUUAUCUUUUUAUGUGAGGCAUGAACAACAUUUUUUUACAUUUGUUUUACGUAUUAUUAUAAUUUAAUUGGCUACAUUUCUAUAAGUGAAUAAUUUAUUACCGAAUUAUUUUCUUCUACUGCAGCCACUACUUUUAAGAGAAAACUAAGCACAAAAAUAUAAGUUUUCAACUAUUUAACAUAACAAAAGACACAUGAAGAAGUAACUUUUCAUGUGUCUUUAACCUGUUUAGAUCAGAUUGCUAACACUUUUAUUGUAUUUUUAUUUAAUUGUUAUCAACAAAUUUCAGAGAAAUCCAAUAAAUGCUUAUGUUUUGUAGGUGUAAUAAUGUAAUUAUGAUGUCACUUUUGAAUGAUGUCUUUAAUCACCGGUAUCAAUGUUUGUGAUAUUCAGUCCAAUGGAAAUGUUAGACUAGGAGAUUUAUAAAUUAAAAACUUGAUAUUUAUGAGCCUGUAGGGGUUUUAAGAUGGUAUUUAUUAGUGAUAUUAAUGGAAACAAUUGUGAUAAAUAAAUGUUAAUAACCUUUUGCUGAACCUUCAGGGUAAUAAGUUAAAAUAAUUAAUAAUACUUUCCUAACGUUGAACUAUUUAAUGUACUUAUCUAGCAAAGGAUAUAAGGUCUAAUUUAGUUCUCUAUGUACAACUUUACAAAGUUCUUGGCGAUAUAAAAUAUAUUAUUUAUAUAUUAUAUUUAUUAGAAUUAAUACUUAAGUAAUUAAGUAGUAAUUAUUUGAAACUCUAUAAUUGUUACUUAUAAUUAUAAUUAUUACUCUUUAAGUAGUAGUUUGAAGUAAAAUAAGCUUCUUGUACAAUGCAGUAAAACUCCUGGUACCCAACUCAACUAACCUCUGUAAAAAAACAAAAAAAAUCAACACUGAUAGUCUCAUUGAUGAAAUAAAAACAUUACAAUGUCUUGGAUUGAAGUUAACUUAUAAUAUUUUUUUCAUAUUUUCAAUCGUAAUGAGGUAAAGUAAAUCUAUACAUAUGAAACACUUCAUAUUUUUCAAUUUGUUCCUUAUUCUGUUUUUAGUUAACUGGGGUUUUACAUUUGUUUCUUGAUUAUCAUAUGGCUUAUUUCUCUUUCCUUGUAUUUUACCUUUGAUUUUUAUUUUGACCUAUACAAGUUGUGUUAUAACUAAUAUUUUAAAUACAAAUA